CGACCAUCUCCACCCUCAUCCACCACCACCACCAUGUCUGCAAAACGCGAUCUUUCUGGCUACAACUAUGCCGCCAUCUCCUCACUGGUCUUGACCGCCGACAGGUCUGCGCUGCCGCGUCGAGACAAGGAGCCUGAUGGCGCCCCCACAUCGCUUGCUGGACGUAUCAACCCGCAUGAGAUGGGUUCGCGCGUGCAGCGGGAAGCCCCUAAGGAUCUACAAAAGAAGAAGAAGAGAGCUGCAGACAAGCAAGAGGGAGCCGGGAAGCAGGUGCCUACGCGUCGAACGACCGAGACGACUGGAUUCGGCUACACUGACAUUAUCGAGGCCACACAAGACGUAGAGGGCCUGACAUACCGACCGCGAACGGCGGAGACGCGCGAGGUGUACGAACUCAUACUGUCCAGCGUGCAUCAGGCACUUGGCGACCAGGCGCAGGACGUAGUGCGCAGCGCUGCCGACAUGGUGCUGGAGACGCUGAAAAACGAGAAUACGAAGGACUUCGACAAGAAGAAGGAGGUGGAGGAGGUGGUUGGCCCCGUCUCGAAUGAGCAGUUUGCGCAGCUGCUCAAUCUGUCGAAGAAGAUCACGGACUUUGGUGCGGAGGAUGAGACCAUGAUUGAACCUGACUUGGAAAGGAAGGAAGCGGAGAUUGACGAAGAGACGGGCGUUGCGGUCGUGUUUGAUGAGGAAGAGGAGGAAGAGGAGGAGGAAGAGGAAGGCUUUGAGAUUCGGGAAGAGUCAGAAGAGGAGGGUGAGGAGGGUGCGGGAGAGGCAGCACCUGAGGCGGGCGCACCCGAGACGCUGGAGGGCGAGGAGGAACUUGUCAUUGGUGAGGGCUCUGCCGCACAGCAAGGCAAGGCUCAUAUCGACAGGGACAUUGUCUCGCCUCAUUCAAUUGACGGUUUCUGGGUUCAACGUCAAAUAUCCGAGGUGUAUCCCGACCCCGUCACCUCCGCGGACAAGGCCGCGCAAGUAUUGUCCAUCCUUGGUUCUGAGUCGAGUCUCCGUGACUGCGAAAACCAACUCAUGGAGCUUUUCGAGUACCAGAGCUUCCACAUCAUCACGAAGUUCCUCAAGAACCGGGAUGUUAUCGUUUGGUGCACGAAGCUCAUGCGCAGCGAUGCGGACGAGCGCGUCAAUGUCGAGGUCGCGAUGCGUGAGAAGGGUCUUGGGUGGAUAUUGAGGGAGCUUGCUGGGGAUAGGAAAGCGAGGGCGAAGGCGGAGGCGGUGGCUAUGGAAGUCGACGAGAAGCUCAAAGCCGAGAUACCGAAGACCGCCACUCUUGCUCCCGGGACCAUCGUCCAGCCAAAAGCUACGGUAGAUCUCGAGAGCAUGAUGUUCAGCCAAGGAGGCCACUUGAUGUCGAAUAAGAAGUGCAAGCUUCCGGAAGGUUCGUUCAAGCGGGCAAAGAAGGGCUACGAGGAGAUUCAUGUACCUGCCCCCAAGCAGAAGCCCACUGAGCCGGGUGAGUUGGUGCCCAUCACGGACCUGCCACUUUGGGCGAGGGAUGGCUUCUCUGGCAUGAAGAAUCUCAACCGCGUUCAGAGCAAGCUGUAUCCGGUCGCCUUCGGCACGGACGAGCCAAUACUGCUGUGUGCUCCUACGGGCGCUGGAAAGACGAACGUGGCUAUGCUUACGGUCUUGCAUGAGCUGGGCAAGUACCGCGACGAGGAGACUGGUGCCAUCGACCUUGACUCCUUCAAGAUUAUCUAUGUCGCACCGAUGAAGGCGCUCGUGCAGGAGAUGGUUGGCAACUUCAGCUCGCGGCUGGGUGCAUAUGGCAUCAAGGUCGGCGAGUUGACUGGAGACGCGCAAAUGACGAAGCAGCAGAUCUCUGAGACGCAGAUCAUCGUCACCACGCCGGAGAAGUACGACGUUAUCACGCGGAAGAGCACCGACACCAGCUAUACCAACCUCGUGCGGCUCAUCAUUGUUGACGAGAUCCACUUGCUGCACGACGAGCGUGGUCCGGUAUUGGAGAGCAUCAUUGCGCGGACGAUCAGACGGAUGGAACAGACUAACGAGUAUGUUCGUCUUGUUGGUCUCUCUGCUACGCUGCCAAAUUACCAGGAUGUAGCGACGUUCCUCCGCGUUGACCCGUCCAAGGGCCUCUUCUACUUCGACGCGUCGUACCGGCCGUGCGCCUUGCAGCAGCAGUUCGUCGGCGUCACGGAGAAGAAGGCUAUCAAGCGAUACCAAGUGAUGAACGAGGUGUGCUACGAGAAGGUGCUUGAUCAGGCGGGCAAGAACCAGACGCUCGUCUUCGUGCAUUCGCGUAAGGAGACAGCGAAGACUGCGAGGUUCAUCCGGGAUAUGGCGAUCGAGAAGGAGACAAUCACCCAGUUCGUCAAGCCUGAAGGUGCGACUCGAGAGAUCCUGCUUGAGGAGUCGAACAAUGUUAGGGACACGAACCUCAAGGACCUCCUUCAGUUCGGCUUUGGUAUCCACCAUGCAGGCAUGUCGCGCGAGGACCGUGGACUCGUCGAAGAGCUAUUCGCGGACGGACACCUCCAAGUUCUGGUCUGCACUGCGACUCUCGCGUGGGGUGUGAACCUUCCUGCGCACACCGUCAUCAUUAAGGGCACGCAGAUCUACAACCCUGAGAAGGGCCGAUGGGUCGAGCUAUCGUCGCAGGACGUACUGCAGAUGCUUGGCCGUGCCGGACGGCCGCAAUACGACACGUACGGAGAAGGUGUCAUCAUCACUAACCACUCCGAGCUGCAGUACUACCUGAGCUUGAUGAACCAGCAGCUGCCGAUCGAGUCGCAGUUCGUGUCAAAACUUGCAGACAACCUGAAUGCUGAGAUUGUCCUGGGUACCAUUCGGAACCGCGACGAGGCUGUCCAAUGGCUCGGCUACACAUACCUGUACGUGCGUAUGCUGAAGGAUCCAGCGCUCUACAGUGUUGGCGUCGACUACCUCGAGGACGACCCGGCGCUGGUGCAGAAGCGUGCGGACAUUGCGCAUACGGCCGCCGUCAUUCUUGAGAAGUGCCACCUCAUCAAGUACGAGCGGGCAUCUGGACGAUUCCACAGCACCGAGCUGGGUCGUAUUGCCUCUUAUUACUACGUGACACACAACUCGAUGGCGACGUACAACCAGCACCUCAGGCCAACGAUGACAACGCUGGAGCUUUUCAGGGUAUUUGCUCUGUCCAAUGAGUUCAAAUUGUUGCCGGUUCGACAAGACGAGAAGCUGGAGCUGGGAAAGUUGCUGGAGCGAGUCCCUAUUCCAGUAAAGGAGAGUGUCGAAGAGCCGGCUGCGAAGAUCAACGUGCUUUUACAAGCAUACAUCUCGCAGCUCAAGCUUGAAGGCUUUGCUCUUGUCGCGGACAUGGUAUAUGUGCAGCAAUCGGCUGGACGUAUUCUCCGGGCGAUGUUUGAGAUCUGCUUGAAGCGUGGAUGGGCAAUCCCAGCCAAGGCUUGUCUUGAUCUGUGCAAGAUGGUGGACCGAAGAAUGUGGAGUUCGAUGACUCCUUUGCGACAGUUCAAGGGUGUCCCUGCUGAGAUUAUCAGAAAGGCAGAGGGGAAGCAAUUCCCUUGGUACCGUUACUUCGAUCUGAGUCCUCCUGAAAUCGGCGAGCUGAUCGGCAUUCAGAAUGCCGGAAGAUUGGUCCAUCGUUUGGUGCAUAGCUUCCCUAAACUUCAAUUGCAAGCCCAGGUCCAACCGAUCACCAGGACUCUCCUUCGUAUCGAUUUGACCAUCAUUCCUGACUUCAGAUGGGACGAAAAGAUUCAUGGCACCGCCGAAUCCUUCUGGAUCAUGGUCGAGGACGUUGACGGUGAAAUUAUUCUCUUCCAUGACACGUUCCUUCUGCGUCAGAGAUACGCUGAAGACGAACACAACGUCACGAUUACCGUCCCUAUGUUCGAGCCCGUCCCACCGAACUACUACAUCUCCGUUAUCUCCGAUCGCUGGUUGCACGCAGAGACGCGUCUUCCCAUCUCCUUCAAACAUCUCAUCCUUCCGGAGAAGUUCCCUCAGCCCACGCCUCUCCUGGACUUGCAGCCUCUUCCUCUCUCGGCUCUUCACAACAAGGAAUUCGAGAGCAUUUACUCGUCAACGAUACGCACAUUCAACAAGAUCCAGACGCAAGUGUUCCAAGCGUUGUACACCACGGAUGAGAACGUGUUCGUCGGUGCUCCCACUGGCAGCGGCAAAACCAUCUGUGCCGAGUUCGCUCUGCUCAGAUUAUGGAGCAAGCGUGAGCAACAAAGAGCCGUUUGCAUCGAGCCUUUCCAGGAGAUGGUCGAUUUGCGUGUCGCCGAGUGGCGUAACAAGUUCAGCGAUCUGCAGGGUGGAAAGGAGAUUGUCAGCCUCACCGGAGAGACUAGCGCAGACCUUCGCCUGUUGGAGAAGGGUGACCUCAUUAUCUGCACACCGACACAGUGGGAUGUCCUAUCGAGGAGAUGGCGACAGCGCAAGAACGUCCAGACUAUCGGCCUUCUCAUUGCUGACGAGAUCCAGCUCGUUGGCGGCGAAGUUGGACCGACGUACGAAGUCGUAGUCUCUCGCACACGGUACGUUUCUGCCCAAACGGAGCUCAAGACACGAAUUGUCGCAUGUGGAGUCUCACUUGCCAAUGCGCGUGACUUGGGAGAAUGGAUGGGUGCUCCGUCGCAUGCCAUCUUCAACUUCCCACCGAGUGCGCGUCCUCUUGACAUGGACAUCCAUCUGCAAAGCUUCAACAUCCCGCACUUCCCCUCAUUAAUGAUCGCAAUGUCGAAACCGGCGUACCUCGCGAUCGUCGAGUAUUCACCAACAAAGCCGGUCAUCAUUUUUGUUCCGUCCCGCCGGCAGUGCCGUCUUACGGCCGACGACAUCCUGAUACAUUGUGGUGCCGAUGACAACAGCAAUCGCUUCUUGAACAUUGAGGAGGCUGACCUGCAAAUCCAUCUGGACCACAUCACUGACCAAGGUUUGGUCGAGACACUUAAGCAUGGCAUUGGUUACUACCACGAGGCGCUGAACAGACAAGACAAGCGCAUCGUGGAACGCCUGUUCCAGUCCGGUGCUAUUCAAGUGCUCAUCGCGUCUAAAGAUACGGCGUGGAGUCUUCCAGUCGCUAGCUACAUGGUGAUCAUCAUGGGUGUCCAAUCUUACGAGGGCAAAGAGCAUCGUUACGUGGACUAUCCCGUCAUGGACGUUCUUCAGAUGAUGGGCCGUGCUUGCCGGCCAACGGAGGAUGACAAGAGUCGAUGCGUGUUGAUGUGCCAGCAGACGCGGAAGGACUUUUACAAGAAGUUCCUUGCCGAGGGCCUCCCGAUUGAGUCCCAUCUGCCUACGCACAUGCUACAUGACUACUUCCUGGCGGAGAUUGCUGUGAAGACAAUCGAAAACAAGCAGGAUGCUAUGGAUAUCUUGACGUGGACGUACUUUUACCGGCGGAUGACACAGAACCCGAAUUAUUACAAUCUGCACAACGUCAGCCACCAGCACCUGUCGGACCAUCUGUCCGAGCUGGUCGAGAACACGUUGAGCGACCUCGUUAACUCAAAGUGUAUCUCUAUUGAGGACGAGAUGGACGUUUCUCCAUUGAACCUGGGUAUGAUUGCUGCAUACUACAAUAUUUCAUACGUGACGGUGGAGGUAUACACGCUUUCCCUCAAGGAACGCACGAAGAUGAAGGGCCUCCUCGAAGUCGUCUCUUCCUCCGCCGAGUUCGAAUCAAUACCCAUCCGGAGACACGAAGACGUACUGUUACGUCGCAUCUACGACCGCGUGCCCGUCAAGCUCGACCGAGCCGACUUCGAGGCACCACAUUUCAAGACCUUCUUGCUGUUGCAAGCGCACUUCUCUCGCUUGCAGCUCCCGCCCGACUUGGCGGCUGAUCAGGUGCUCGUCCUGGAGAAGGUACUCAAUCUGCUGUCGGCGUGCGUGGAUGUGAUGUCCUCGAAUGCGUGGUUGAAUGCCCUCGGCGCGAUGGAUCUCUCCCAGAUGUGCGUGCAGGCAUGCUGGGAGACGGACUCGCCCUUGAAGCAGAUUCCGCACUUCGAGCCCGAUGUAAUUAAGCGGUGCAAAGAGGCUGGCAUCGAGUCCGUCUACGACAUCAUGGAGAUGGAAGACGACGCGCGCAAUGCACUGCUGCAGAUGGAUGCCAGGCAGAUGCGGGACGUUGCCACGUUCGUCAACUCGUAUCCAACCCUCGACGUCAACUACGAGCUAGCGAAGGGCGACUACACAUCUGGUGCGCCGAUCACGAUUCAAGUCUCGCUCAGCCGGGACGCGGACGAGGAGGCGGAAGGCGGAGACGGCGAGAUCGUUGUCGCGCCGUUCUACCCGCUCAAAAAGCUCGCGAACUGGUGGCUUGUCAUUGGCGAACCGAAGACGCGGCAGCUGCUUGCGAUCAAGCGUGUCACGGUGCACCGCAACCUGUCUGUGCGGCUCGAGUUCUCGUUACCGCAGGGCUCGCAUGCACUCAAACUGUUCGUCAUCUGCGACUCGUAUAUCGGAGCGGACCACGACAUCGAUCUCGAGUCGCUGGAGGUCGCAGAGGGCGAGAGCGAAAGUGAGAGUGAGGAGAGCGGCGAUGAGAUGGAGGAGUGAUUGCAGUCUGAGUCUGUCGAGGCGUGCAUGUGGACUCUUUGAUGUCAGCGUUGGCUGUGCUGUGAUAUGUCCCUCUGCUGUGUUUUUAUCGUCUUUGUGGCAAAAUGUAUCAUUAGGUUAUUCAAUUACUUGUAGGUCAAAAGGUGCUUCUCCUCAGCAAUGUCGUUCUUAAAUGCCAAACCGAACGCACGGAGGUUUUCACAGAAAUAAAAUAAAUUGCC